AUGGACACCGGCACCCGAUCUGAAUGGCUGGGCCUGAUACAUAUCGUCUCGUUCGGCCUAUGCUGCUACGGCAUGCGGUUUAUUCGAUGGGCCCAGCUCCACAAGCCACUCGCCGUGACGCAGCUGCUUUCGAUCGUGUUUUGGGGCCUGUGUGCAUUCUUCGAAACCAUGGCACUGCAGACAGCCUGCCAGCAGGACCAGCACGUUGUAUCAUGCUCCCAGAUCUUCCAGACCCUCUCGGUGGUCUGUCAAGGAUGCGGAUUCGGCUCGCUGUCGCUGGGCUACUCGAUUCGCCUGCGCGUCGUUAUGAUCAAGUCGUUGCAGCGGAACCUGACCUGGAUCCUGAUUCUGCUGUCCUUGGCUCUGCCGUCGGCACAGAUUCUCGAAGCCUUGCACCAGUGCUGCCAGCUUCUUCAAUCGUCGUUCUACCGCCCAUAUGUGGGAUUCAUGACACUGCUAUUUUCGCUCAUCAGUCUCAUCGACAACAUCGCCUUUGGAUGCAUCGUCAUGCGGCAGCUCAUCAAGGGCUCGCAGAGCUUCUCACAGUUCCAGCGGGAGCAAACGAUCCUCGUCGUCUUGACGUGGGCUCUGAACAUCUCCAACUUUUCCAUGUCGCUGCUCAUCCUCCUCUCCCAGGACGAGAGCAUAUACAGCUUUAUGGUGAUUCUAUGGAGCUUUGAGACUCUGGUGUUUUGCUGGGUCAACGACUUUGUCUCGCGGGUGAUCAGGCGCGGCGGCGUGUUCAUCAUCAUGACCGAUGAGAUCUAUUCGUUUGAGUUUGGCAGCAGCGAUAGGGCGAGCUGA